AUGACUUCCUCAGCGGGCUCAGGCUGGGCUCAGCUACGACAGCAAGCUCGAUCAUUGGAGACUCAGACCGAGACCCUCUUCCAUACUUACUCGCAAUAUGCCUCGGUGCCGAACAUCCCGCCAAAACCAACAGAGGAUGAGCGAAAGAUCGAGUCGCAGCUAGAGGAAGUAUUCGAAAAGCGCGAGUCACUCAUCGGCCAACUGUCUCGUCUGUUAGACUCCGAAGCUGCGCUCACAGCUUCAGCGCUCAAACAAAAUAACCUGUCCCGGCACAGAGAGAUCCUUCAGGACCAUCGUCGAGAGCUUACUCGCAUUAAAUCGAACAUUGAAGAAGCUCGUAAUCGAGCAAACCUCCUGUCGAAUGUACGGUCCGAUAUCAACGCUUAUCGUUCCUCGAACCCAGAAGCUGCCGAAGCGGACUAUAUGUUGGACGAGAGAACCAGACUAGACCGCAGCCAUAAUGUUGCCGAUAGUGUUCUCAGUCAGGCGUAUGCGAUCAAUGAGAGUUUUGGGUUGCAGCGGGAGACGCUGGCGAGCAUUAACCGCAGAAUCGUCUCCGCGGCGAGCCAAGUGCCCGGCAUCAAUAGCCUAAUUGGACGAAUAGGCGCCAAAAAACGAAGAGACGGCAUAAUUCUAGGCAGCUUCAUCGCCUUCUGCUUUUUAGUCUUCUUCUUUCUUCUGUAA